AUGUAUAACAAACAAUAUGUCUUUUAUUCAAUAUCUGUACACGAUGAUUUCAGUGUCUCUUAUUUUAGCCACCACAAAUCACAAAUACACACACAUACUAUCUAUCUAUCUAUCUAUCUAUCUAUCUAUCUAUCUAUCUAUCUAUCUCUUUCUCUCUUAUUAAACAAUAUUCGAAAUAGUCUUUCUUUUAAUCAUCUAUCUAUCUAUCUAUCUAUCUAUCUAUCUAUCUAUCUAUCUGUCUGUCUGUCUGUUCAUAUCAUCUAUUUCAACUUUUUAUAUCGAUCUAUGUAUCUGCGUAUCUAUCAAUCUAUCAGACUGUUCAUAUCUAUCUAUCUAUCUAUCUAUCUAUCUAUCUAUCUAUCUAUCAGACUGUUCAUAUCUAUCUAUCUAUCUAUCUAUCUAUCUAUCUAUCUAUCUAUCUAUCUAUCUAACAGACUGUUCAUAUCUAUCUAUCUAUCUAUCUACCAGACUGUUCAUAUCUAUCUAUCUAUCUAUCUAUCUAUCUAUCUAUCUAUCAGACUGUUCAUAUCUAUCUAUCUAUCUAUCUAUCUAUCUAUCUAUCUAUCUAUCUAUCUAUCUAGUUUUCUUGUUUCUCUUUUUUCCCGAAUUACCCGCCCCAUCUCUUUCUCUCACACUCUCUCUUUUACCUCUUUCUUGCUCUCUCUUUCCCCUUUCUACCGCAUUCUCUUCUCUCGCUUUCUCACACUUUAUCUUCUCUCUUUUUCUCUUCCUCCUCUUCCUCUCGCGCGGUCUCUCUUCUCCCUCUUGCCACUCUCUCUCGCUCUGUCUUCUCCUCCUCCUCUCUCUCUCUUUCUCACUCGUUCUUCCCCCUCUCUCUCUUCGCUCUCUCUCUCUUACCCUCUUCCUCUUGCUCUCACUUCCUCCACCUCCUCUUUCUUUCUCUUCCCCCUCUCUCACUCUCUUCCCCUCUCUCUUGCUCUGCCUUCUCUCUCUCUCUCGCUUGUUCUUCUUCUUUCUCUCUCUGUCUUCGCUCUCACUUACCCUCUCCCUCUUUCUCUCACUCCCUCGACCUCCUCUCUCUUUCUCUUCCCCUCUUUCUCUUCCCCCUCUCUCUCUUUCCCCCCUCUCGCUCUGUCUUCUCUCUCUCUCAAUCUGUCUUCCCCUCUCUCUCUCUCGCUCGUUCUUCCCCACUCUCUCUCUCUUCGCUCUCUCUUACCCUCUUCCUCUUGCUCUCACUUCCUCCCACCUCCUCUUUCUUUCUCUUCCCCCCUCUCUCUCUCUCUCUUCCCCUCUCUCUUGCUCUGCCUUCCCUCUCUCUCUCUUGUUCUUCUUUCUCUCUCUGUCUUCGCUCUCCUUACCCUCUCCCUCUUUCUCUCUCUCCCCUCGACUCUCCUCUCUCUUUCUCUUUCCCCUCUUUCUCUUCCCCCUCUCUCUCUUUCCCCUCUCUCUCGCUCUUCCUUCUCUCUCUCUCCUCUGUCUUCCCCCUCUCUCUCUCGCUCGUUCUUCCCCUCUCUCUCUCUUCGCUCUCUCUUCACUCCUACCCUCUCUCUCUUGCUCUCAUUUCCUCCACCACCUCUCUCUUACUCUUCCCUCUCUCUCUCUCUCUUUCUCUCUCUCUCUUUCUUUCCCCCUCUCUAUCUCACUGCCUUCCCUCACUCUCUUCCGCUCCUUCUUCCCCUCUUUCUCUCUCUUGCUCUCUCUUACCCUCUCCCUGUUGCUCUCACUUCCUCCACCUCUUCUCUCUUUUUCUUCCCCCUCUCUCUGUCUUUCCCCCUCUCUCUCGCUCUGCCUUCCAUCUCUCUCUCUCGCUGGUUCUUCCCCUCUUUCUCUCUCUCUCUCGCUCUCUCUUACCCUCUCCCUGUUGCUCUUACUUCCUCCACCUACUCUCUCUUUCUCAUCCCCCCUCUCUCUCUCUCUUUCCCCCUUUCUCUCUCUCUCGCUCUUCUCACCUCUCUCUCGCUCUCUCUUUCCCCCUCUCUCUUUCGCUCUCUCAAAAUUUUUGGAAAUUCCAACUUCUCUCUCUCUCUCUCUCUCUCUCUCUCUCUCUCUCUCUCUCUCGUGUCUAGCAGCUAUAAACAAGUUCUUCCUGGAGAUUUUCGUCUGUUGUGA